AAAUGAGUGAACUUGCAGGAAAGGGUGGGGGUUGCACAUUUAGAACACACAGCAGAAAUGGGGGACGCUUGGAAUGAAGUUACUUACCUGAGAAAAGCCCCACCAAAGGCUCAGGAAAGACGAACAACUGGGGCUGUUAAUCGAGCUAUGCAAUCCGGUGGGGUUGUUGACACGAGGAAGAAAUAUGCUGCUGCCACCAAUAAACAUGUGACAACUGAUAAAAAUACAGCUAAAUUAGAUCGAGAGACAGAAGAACUGCACCAUGAUGCUAUUGAUAGAAGUGUGGCUCAGUUGAUCCAAAAAGGACGUUCUAACAAGGGUUUAACCCAGAAAGAACUGGCUACAAGGAUCAAUGAAAAGCCGUCAGUUGUAAAUGAUUAUGAGUCCGGCAAGGCUAUUCCAGCACAAGGUAUUCUAGCCAAGAUGGAGAGGACUCUUGGCUUAAGAUUACGUGGAGCUAACAAAGGUCAACCUUUGGAACCAAAAGGUAAAAAGUGAAAAGCUUGUUAACAGUUACUCUUCUUUCGAUAUUUCAAGUGGAGAAGGAUUAUAUUAUUUUCAAAUUACUAGUUUAUAUUACUCUCUUAUAUGGCUGCAUUCGUGGAUUUUUCAUAUGAAAUAACCUAGGGAGAAGGGAAGGCUAGAUAUAGCCUGUAUACCCCAAUUAUUUGGUUGACCAGACUUGGACAGCCUUCCCUACUCCUGUAAGAAAGGAGAAAGAGAACAUUUUACUGUGAUUGGUGCUUAAUGUAAUCAAACAGACCUCAUCAUUUUGAAUUGUAUUUGAUAGAAUCAAACAGGUCAAUUUAGAAAUUAUUGAUGGAGGUUGAAUCAGGAUUGGUGUUUUUUGGAUUCAAACAUGCCCUCCAAGCAUUUAAAGAAAUUUCUUACAUCAGUGUAAAAAAGUUUUCAGUCUGAAACAAGAUUUUAGUCACUCCUAUACAUGGGAUGCAAACUGUUUUGUCUUAUGAGAUACAAUGGGCUAAUAGAAAGAUGCAUGAAUGCAAGCUUAAGGCUUCCAGGAUUGGGAAUUGUGAAUAACUAUUAUGGGAUGGUUGCUAUCUAUCAGCUAGUGUAUAAACUAUAAUGUGGAAUGAAUUUGUGAAAAUACUACAGCAAGCGUUGUGCUAUGUUCUUGUUUGUUCCAUUUGAUUUUGACAUGGCCAUGUUCGGCUUGAUUUGUCAACUUUUGGUAAUGUUCAGGUUGAUUAACAUUAUUUCAUAAUAAAAGAAUUAAUGCAUUUCAAAA